CUCAGAUUGAAAUCAUUCCCUGUAAGAUCUGCGGAGACAAAUCUUCAGGGAUCCACUACGGAGUGAUCACCUGCGAGGGCUGCAAGGGUUUCUUCAGACGGAGUCAGCAGAGUAACGCCGCCUACUCCUGUCCUCGCCAGAAGAACUGUCUGAUCGACCGCACGAGCCGAAACCGCUGCCAGCACUGCCGUCUGCAGAAAUGUCUGGCUGUGGGCAUGUCCCGUGACGCGGUGAAGUUCGGUCGCAUGUCCAAGAAGCAGCGGGACAGUUUGUACGCUGAGGUCCAGAAACACCGUCUCCAGCAGCAGCAGCAGCAGCAGCAGCAGCAGCAGGGCCCCCUCCUGCUGUCCCACCCCAGCCUCGGCAGCCCGAGCCCCGCAGAGGCCGAGCCGCUGUCCCCCCACUACGGCCUGUCCUCCAGCGGCCUCACGGAGCUCCCUGAUGACCUGGGGGGCUACAUGGAGCAGAACUCCCCCGAAGGAGGAUCAGUGUCAUCUAAGGCGGACUCUGGAGGUGAAGGAGGGGAAGGAGGAGGAAGAGGAGGAGGAGGAGGUGCGUUCUACCUGGACAUCCAGCCAUCCCCGGACCAAUCAGGACUGGAUAUUAACGGCAUCAAACCGGAGCCGCUGUGCGACUACGGCUCCAGUAACGGCUUCUUCCCGUACUGCUCCUUCAGCAACGGGGACGCGUCGCCCCCCGUGUCCAUGGCCGAGCUCGACCACCUGGCUCAGAUCAUCUCCAAGUCUCACCUGGAGACGUGUCAGUACCUGAGGGAGGAGCUGCAGCAGAUGAGCUGGCAGAGCUUCCUGCAGGACGAGGUGGAGAGCUACCAGAGCAAGCCGCGGGAGGCGAUGUGGCAGCUCUGCGCCGUGAAGAUCACCGAGGCCAUCCAGUACGUGGUGGAGUUCGCCAAACGCAUCGACGGCUUCAUGGAUCUCUGCCAGAACGACCAGAUCGUGCUGCUGAAAGCCGGCUCUCUGGAGGUCGUCUUCGUGCGGAUGUGUCGGGUGUUUGACUCGCAGAACAACGCGGUCUACUUCGACGGGAAGUUCGCAGGUCCUGACGUCUUCAGAGCUCUGGGCUGUGAUGAUCUGAUCACGUCAGUGUUUGACUUUGCUAAGAGCCUGUGUUCACUGCACCUGACGGAGGAUGAGCUCGCUCUCUUCUCAGCUUUUGUUCUGCUCUCAGCAGACCGGUCGUGGCUGCAGGAGAAGCUGCAGGUGGAGAAGCUGCAGCAGAAGACUCAGCUGGCUCUGCAACACGUCCUGCAGAAGAACCAGAGAGAAGACGGAGUGCUGAACAAGCUCAGAUGUAAGGUCGCAGUGUUGCGUUCACUGUGCAGUCGACACACAGAGAAACUGUCGGCGUUCAGAGCCGUCUACCCCGACAUCGUCCGGACGCACUUCCCUCCUCUUUACAAGGAGCUGUUUGGCGCCGACCUGGAACUGACGCUGCAGAGUGACGACUGAACGGCGGUCACUCGCUCCGCAGAGCCGACCGGCACCGAGCUGCUGGAUUCAGACGCACUGAGCCCGGUUUGAGCAGCCACACAGAGGACAGGACGAGGACGAGGACUCGUGGAGGCAGAGGCUGCUGCACUUUGCACUGAGAGACCUGAACUCCUCCUCAGUUUGUCUUUCUUCACCUCCUCCUCUCGCUGGGCCUGGAUGCAGUGAGGAGUCAGGUGGUCUCCCUCCACCUGCAUCAACACACAUCUUCUAUCAAGGAUCUCGGAUCCAGCUCUGACAUUAAAAGGUACUUUCAGUAUUCACACUGAAACCCGUUUUUUUUUUCCUUCACUGGAUUGUCGAGACGUCGGCUCUUCUACCGACGAUCUCUUCACGUCCGAACAGUGGCACUGCAGAACUCAUUCACACGUCCUUGAGAAAAAAGCUUCAGCUGCUGAGCUUCUGUGGCUGAGUGAGCUCACCGGUCCUGGACGGAUUACUGAGCGGACCUACAGGACACAGACCCGAGGGCCCUUUGUCUCAUAAUCCAUCCAUAGAAAUGGUAACUAGCUGGUGCUGGUGCCAAAGUAGCAUAUCUUUACAAACUGCGGGAUGUCCACUAGAAUUUAAAAUAAAGUUCUGUGUGUUUGAAUGACGCUUGGCAGAAUAACAUGGGUUUGUAUUCAGACACUGUUUACAGUCACCGAGUUUUAGAGGUUAAAUUUCCAAAAAGUCACCAAAUGAAAGUUUCUAGAGAAAACUGUGUAAAGGGCUGUAACUCCGG